AUGGGGUCGCAAAUUGACUCGCAAGACGAGUUCACCGUCCUCGUGACCGGCUUCGGCCCCUUCAAGGUCCAGUACCCCGUGAAUCCCUCCUGGGAAAUCGCCCACUCCCUGCCCGCGUACCUCCCGCCCCUCCGAGCAAAGAACCCAAAAGACCACCCGUCAGAAACGACGACGACAACAACAUCCCGACCGCUCCCGCCCGUCCGCAUCCUCGUUCACCCCGAAGCCAUCCGCGUAAACUACCAGACCGUCCGCCACCUCGUCCCCCAGCUCUGGGACCCCGCGACGCACCCGCGCAUCGACGCCGUCGUGCACAUCGGCAUGGCCGGCCCGCGCCUCUUCUACUCGGUCGAGCGCCGCGGGCACCGCGACGGCUACGCGUUCCCCGACGUCGACGGCAACCGCCUCGAGGACGAGGAGCGCCGCAAGGAGCAGGGCGAGGGCUGGGUCUGGUACGGCUGUCCCGAUGAGAUCGAGACCGAGUUCGACCUGGGGGACGUUUUGGGCCGGUGGAAGGCGCAUAGCCCGGACCGCUCCGACCUGCGCAUAUCCGAAGACGCGGGCCACUACCUCUGCGACUUCAUCUACUUCUCCUCCCUCGCGCACCUCUGGAAGCAGCAGAAGCACCGCCGCGUCGUUUUCCUGCACGUGCCCUCCGACGCGUCCGAGGAGGCCGUCGCGACGGGCACGGAGCUGACGAUCCAGCUCAUCCGGUCCAUCGCCGAGAGCGAGCUGGAGAAGAGGCGGAACAAGGGCGCUCAGAGCGCCGGGGAGGUCGUGGGCGAGAGUGACAAGAUUGCGGUUGAGUUGCGGGUUUGA